CCAGAUAGGACUAUAUAUAUACAUGGAGGAAUACAUGAUCUAGGAAUGUGCUGCAGACCUCAGAAGCCAUUUUGAGAUGAUGUCCCUGUUGAGAAAGCCUAUGAAGAUGCUGAAAUCAACGAACAUGGUUACAUUUCUGUCUGUUUCUCCCUCCGUCUCCUCUAUUUCACCAUGGCAGCUGUCAACCGACGGGACAUUAGCAAAGCGGGGUAUCAAGCUGUGCUCACAGAGUUAAAACGUCAUUGAUAUGAAAGAGGAGAGUGUCUGUUUACUGUCUCUGUCGAGACAUGUAACACCGUGAGUUUUUUCCAGUCUGAAAAUCUUCCAGCAUCUCUCACAACACACCGUCUCCUUGAGUGACUGAGUUAAUUCACUCGUGUAGCCUGCCGGAGAGAAAGGAGGCAGAUCCGUUUUCCAAUGGCUUCUGUGAGCCUUGUUUCCAGUCCCCCAGUCCCUGUUCUUGACAAAAACAUGACAGACUCUGAGCUUGCAGGGGAUGAAAGAGAGGAUGGCGAAUUGGAAGACGGAGAAAUAGAUGAUGAAGGGAUUGGGAUUGAAGAAGAAAAUAAAGAGGUUGCUGAGGUGAGUGAAGACAAAGAGAAGGAAAAAGAUAAAGAAAAAGUAAAAGAAAAAGAAGAGAAGACCCACAGGCACUCCAGGAAAAGAUACAAAAAGACCAAAGAGAAGAGGAGGUCCAAAAGGAGGAGGCGUGACAGACAGAAACACCACUCCCCCUCCAGCAGCUCCAGCUCCGACAGUUACGACUCUGACUACGACCGACCAGAAAGGCCCAAAAAUCGUAAAACCCAGGGAUCAGAUGGACAGUCCUCUCAGCAUGGACGGGAUUCAAAGGGAGGCCAUGGUAACUCCCAAAAGUCCCCGCCGCAAAAGAGCAGUGAUUUUGAGAAAUACAGCGACUACAGUGAUGACAAGUAUGACUAUGACGAAGAGGAGGAUGAUUAUGAAGAUGACAUGUCAGAGUACCCGCAAUCUAAGGAUUCAGGUCCGCAGGGUCGGGGAAGGGGACGCCAAUCCAAAGACCAGAUGAAGAGAGGAAGCAUGAGGGGGAUGAAACAACAGCAGUUUGGGCAGAGAGGAAGGGGCAGAGGUAGUGGGCCGGGGAGAGGACGUGGGAUGCUCUUCAAGAACAAGAAGCUGAAGGGCAAACCCUGGGGAGGACGUGGACGAGGACGAGGAGGAGACCAGGGCAUGGAAGACAUGGUACCAGAAGGAAAAAAUCCCUCCAGUUUUCAGAAGAAACGUCCAAUUAUGAGCAAAGAGUUUAUCAAUCAGCACACAGUCGAACACAACGGUAGAAACAUCUGCAAGUAUUUCCUGGAGGGCCGGUGCAUCAAGGGGGAACAGUGCAAGUUUGAACAUGAACUCGUCGUACCAGAUAAGAAAAAGGAGCUUUGUAAAUUUUACCUUCAAGGAUACUGCAGUAAAGGAGAUAACUGCAUUUACAUGCACAAUGAAUACCCGUGCAAGUUCUUUCAUACUGGAGCCAAAUGUUAUCAAGGGGACAACUGCAAGUUCUCCCACGAUGCUUUGAACGAGGUGACCAAAGACUUGCUUGAUAAGAUAAUCAACACUGAGGAGGAGAAUGCCCGCGAGGACGAGCUGGAGCUGGAGGAUCUGCGAAAGCAGGGUAUCGCUCCACUUCCGAAGCCCCCUCCUGGGGUGGGGCUGCUGCCCACUCCUGGUCAGAGCAGUCCUACAGACGGAGCCUCGGGACAGGCGGGAAAGAAGAUCCCCUCCCUGUUUGAAAUCAAUGUUCAACCUACUGUUGACUUGGCACAAAAAAUUGGUCUAAGUGGAUCCAACUUUUCCCAGGAUCAAGGCGAUGGCACCGAUCAGUUCAGUGGCGGCUCAGAGGACACGCAGAGUGGAGGCAUGGUGCCUUCAGGUCCCUCUGCUCCCCCUGUUCCUCCCCCUGAGUCUCCUGUUGCCAUGGGUCACCCCACUGGACCACCCAUGCCACAGAGCCCCCCUGGACUGCACCCACCACACGGCUUUCCAAUGCCGCCUCCGAUCCCCCCUGGUCCACCCCCACCCUUCUACGGAAACAGACCCAAUAUGAACCCUCCGAUUAACAUGCAGAGGCCUCCCCCGUUCCCUCCAGAUCUACAGAUGUUGCAGAAUCUCUUCCCCUUUCCACCCAUGGGUCAGAACCCAGUAGAUUUCUUCAGCAACUUUCUCGGAAACCAGGCUCCACAAGGAGAUCCUGGUCUAGCCUUCAUGCAGAACCUCCAGCAGAACAUGGGGGCAGAGUCACAGUUGAAUUCUUUGCCACCAGCAGUACAGAAGGCCAUCCUUUUACACCUGACACAACAGCAGCAAGAGUCUCUUCCCCAGGGAAAUGAGCCACAGAGAGCGGAGGGCCCGGAUGAUAACAAUGCAAACAGAGAAGAAACUACAAACUGGUACUCAAGCGAUGAAGAGGAUGGGAGCUGUGUUUCCUCCAUCCUCAAAUGUCUCAAAAAGCAGAAUGAGAUGAAGCAGUCUCAGUCGAAGCCCCCCCAGGCUGCCCAAGUGGGUGACCCUCGGCUUGUUAAAGAGAGGGCUCCACCCAGUGACCCCCGUAUGAAGACAGACCCCCGACAGCGAACCCCGGAUAUGAAAAAGGAGUCAGACGGAGCUGCAGACGCCCGGUUCUCCAGAGACCCCAGGAAGAUUCGACCAAUGGAGCCGAGUUCAUUUCGCCAGCAGGGACACCCUGGUCCGAAGAAGCCUGCUGCAGGGGAUGAGGAUGAUGAAGGUGAGCGGGAGCCCAGAGACAAAGCUGUUCUUAUCCCUCUAGAUGCCGGCCCCGAUGUGCUGCUGCGGGACCCUCGCUGCCAGUUAAAGCAGUUUAGCCACAUCCGAGUUGACAUCCUGCUUCAGAGGCCAGCCUUCGCUCAGACAGUAGUGUGGGCCCCUGAGGACCUUAUCCCUUCUCUGGUACCCAAACAAGAACACUCUAUCAACCUGCCCCUCCCACCCCUCAUUGCAGAUGCUCAGAUGAACCGAACAAACUUGUCUGACCCUCCGCCCGUCUCCUGCCCUCCACCCAUUGACCCCAGACUUGUAGCAGCGCGUUUAAAAGAGCGUAUGAGUCGAUUACCCUCCGGAUCUUUAGAGUCCCGACCCUCCACAGAAAGACCUGUAGAUCCACGUCAGCUGAAGGCUCUGGACCCCAGACUCAAGCGUACAGUGAGCCUGGACUCGAAGUUGAUGGGUCAGAAAGUGCCAUCCUCUGGGGCGGUAGCUGUGGACCCCAGGUUACAGAAGGCCAGUGCUAGCUCCACUCCUCUUACUGUCCAAGCAAAGCCAGAGCCCGAGAAACUGCCACCUUAUGCCCCACGUCUGGCUUCCUCUGGUGGAGGUCUUGAGAGUCCCACUACUAUCCUCAGGGGCAUCAGUCUGUACGAUCCUCGUAAUCAGAGCGAGCCAUCCCAGAAGGAGCAGACAGAGCCUCCCAAAAAGACGUCCAUUCUGAAACUCCCAAGCAAGAAAGACACUUCUCCGCCACUCUCACCAACCCAAAGAAGCAGCUCUUUGGAAGAGACAAAAAGCACAGACGUUGCCUCAGAUCAGCCUCCGCCUCCCGGUUCUGCCGCAGUGCCUCCUGCCUCACCGGUCAAACCCCCUGCAGUUCAUAACCUCCCCAUCCAGGCACUGGCCGGGCUCAUCCGACCCCAGUACACUGACUCCAGGCAGACCAAACCUGGUGGACAAGGCUCUGCAGGAGCACAAGAAGAGGCGGAAGAAAAGAAGGAGCAGGAGGAGGCCACGGAGGAGAAACCAAAACAGGAGGGCCCAGAGGACGAGGCAGACGACAGGACACUAAAAGAUGUCUUCAAGACUUUUGAUCCCACUGCUUCCCCUUUCUGUCAGUAAACACCCCGGUGUGGAAAUAUAGAAAAGCCACAGACAAUUUGUAUUUUGAUGAAAAUGAACCUUUUUGGACUCACAUCUAUCUAUUUAUUUCUGUAUAUAAAUGAUCCUGUAUAAAAUCACAUACUAUCUAGUGCGCCACACAUCUGUCAGUAUGGAGAUGAUGCUAUAUAAUGUGCACAGACACAGUGUAUAGUUGCUUUAAACAUAAUCUUAUUAAUGCAGAAAUGUAUGUUUUGAAAGUGUGUUACGUUUUGUUUAUCAUUGUGUUUUUUUCAUUUCAGUCAGACAACUCACGUGUUUCAUUAAUAUGUUUAUUAGAAACAGUAUAUAGUUUGAGUUUGGUGUCUGGCCUCAGCACUCCACAUAUUAGAUAGAAUCGAGGAUGAAACCCUCUUUAUUAGUUACAUACAUGCACACAGCAGAGCAGAGAGAGUGAAAUUGGUCCUCUGCAUUUAACCCAUCCUAGUACUAGGAGCAGUGGGCAGCUAUUGUGCAGCGCCCUGGGGAUUGGAGGUGUCCGUUGCCUUGCUCAAGGGCAGGUGAACUGGGACCUCUCCAAGUAGCAGUCUACUUUCCAUAUUUCAAGUCUGUUCAGGGACUUGAACCAGCGACCCUACGAUUCCCAGUCCAAGCCCCUACUGACUUGGCCACAUUGAUUGAUGGUUAGAUAACUAACCCUCGAGCCUACAGCUGGAAGCUGGGGAGGAGGCUUUGGGUGGUGGUGGGGCAGGCGAGCGUCGCCAACGUGAAUGAAGCAGUGAGUUGAACACAUUAGCAGCGUGGAAACGGCAGUAGUAGCAGCAGCUGCAUUAGCGAGGCAGAGGUAGGCGGACUAUGUUUGGUUGGUUGCAAGAUUGACGAGGGGCCUUAUGUGCGAAUGUAUCAUUGGUGCUCGAGUUGACUGCCUGAACUAGCUCGCAGGCUUCCCCCCUUUUAUGUUUGAAAUAUUAUUAAAAAGUGUUUCCAUUUUACAUUAAGGAUUGAUGAAUAUCUUUCCAGGCACUACACAACGUAGAUAAGAUCGAACACUCACUCUACCUGCAAACGGUAAUACUAAAUAAUCCGUCAAACAAUAAUUGUAAUAAUUUCCUUGUGAAUAUUUGUAUUUCCUUAUUUAUUUUAAGGCACUUUUAUAUUAUCUUACUUUUAUGCUCAAUUUUAUGAUAAGGGAUUUAUUCACCAUUUUAUUUGUUAUUAUUUACUUCUUUUCAUUUAAAGUGGCCUAAAUGCUUAGAGGAUGUGAAGUUACUGAUGUAGGCUUGUCUAAUUUGCUUGAGUAAAUAUUAUUGGUUACUUCAUUUGUCAUUAGUAAAAAAAAAUCACUGCUGACAAACUUGUACGGUAAAUAGCAAACUGUCUUUCAUUUGUUUGUAUCCGAAAAAAAAAGAAAUGUACAAUACAAAAAAUAUAUAUUGGAUCCAUUUUAUUGAUAGAUAUAUAAAUAUGACCUUUAUAACUAUAUUUCCAAGUUGAAUUAUGUUGGAGUUGACAAGAUAAACUCAUCUUAUCUGUCUUACAAAGGGUGAAUAUUGUGGGCAUAGUGUGUCUGUAUUAUUUGACAUCUCUGUGUCUGGUGAGCCUUGUAUGACUGAAACUAAACCAUGUGCUUUUAUUUUUUAUUAUCACUUUCAUACUUCACAUUGUAAAUCCCUUUUUGUAUCACAUGUACAGUCUGUUUUUGAGCGUUUUAAUGAAUAAUGCUUUAGAUUUUGUGGUGAUGGUUGUGAUAAUAGUGUAUGACAUUUUAACAACACAUGCCUGUCACAUUUGAGUGAUUUUAUUAUGAGUAACUGAAAUAAAGAGAUAAGUCAUA